UCAGCCGGAUUAGUAUCUGCCGUAAAUAUCUCAUGCAAGAAGUGUCGCCAUUUCAUGGUUGAUAAGAGGUUGUUGCGCAUUUACGUAUCGUACAGUAAAAAAAAUCUCGUAAACUUUCAAUAUCGUUACAAGUGCCAUUUAAGAAAGACUAACAGAAAAUGGUUACGCAUCAUCACAUCCAGGGAUACGAAAACUUUUUUGAAUAUAUGAAAAAUUUUAAACCUAAUGAGCCAGUUUACGUACUUUAUACUGGUACAAAACUUCCUAAUGGCAAAAGUUGGUGUCCAGAUUGUGUCGAAGCGGAACCCUUUAUAGAAGAAGGGUUUAAAGCAGCUCCUGAAGGAACACAUUUUGUUGAAGUUCAAGUUGGAGAUAGACCAUUCUGGAAGGAUCCGAAUUGUCCAUUUAGAACAAACUCCAUUACAAAAUUAAAGGUUCUACCUACCUUAGCAAAAUGGGGUACACAAAAACGUUUAGAAGGUAACCAAUUGUCACAACUUGAUCUCAUCAACAUGUUACUCACUGAUGAGGAUUAAGUGUACUUCAGUUUUGUGCA